AACUGGGUGAUUGACAAACAGCUCUCCGAGCACAUCCAUCGCUUCACUAAUCAUAAGAUAGGGGAAGGACUUGGUUCCUCCUUCGCUGCCAGAAAAUUCACUUGUCACAUCGAGAAUGGCACUGAGACUGGUAUAAUGAGAAUUCACCUCCAUAGUUUCACAACAGUGCCCACCGUGCAGUUCAAACUGCAAAAAUCACCGGGGCACGCUGAGAUCGCUGCCUUCAAGACUCUACAGUCCGCCCAGUCUCACGUGGCCCCUCGACUUCUUGCCCUACGCGAAGACGCACAGGGCAAUGAUGGUCUCAUCCCAGGUGGUUCCUGGCAAACCCAUCACCAAGGAAGAAUUCUGGGGGCUGCAUCCCAGCCUCCGCGAUACCAUCCGUGGGAAGUUCAAGAUCCUCUACAGUCCUCUACAGGCUCUUACUCUAACCAAGAACAAGUGAACUCGGCUAUCACGGCACACCAUCCUGAGAAGCUAGUGGAUUGGAAUGACACUGUUUAUGCGUUGUAUGGAUUGAUACAGGCUCCCGCAGUGCAGGGUUGGACCUAG